AUGUGGCUCCUCAAACUCACCACGAUAGCGGCGGCGGCAGCAGCAGCAGCAGGAGGGCUCCAACUCGAGCCUCUCCUGCAGCCAGUUCAACUGGAAGAGAGGCAGCUUGCCGAUGCAACCAACAGCGGCCGCUCCCACAACUCCUCCACCACCACCACCUCCCCCGCCGCCUCCCCCGCCAACCUCGACAUCGACGACAUCAACUACAACGUCGCCGCCGCCUCCACCGGCCCCCAAAACGAUGUCGACUACAUCGAUAUCAAUUCCUCCAACCACCACUUUGGGAAUCUCUACUUCCAUAGCACCUCCCUCGUCACCGCCGCCUCCUCCAACAACAACAUCAACAACGAAGCAAGCUCCGUCUACUACGCCAGCUCCACCGCUCCCCCGCAAGGAUCAGUGCCCCAACAGCCCCCGGCCGAGAGACUCGUUGAUCCCUCUCAAGGUGCUUUCAUCGGCGGCGACCCAACGACUAACAUUGAUGUGCCGGUCACGUUCCUGUUCUUGCUGCUCUUCGCGGCUGGCGCGUACACGCACAUUAGAAUCUACCGGGCCAAUGCCAAAAGAGGUCACAAGUUCCUGCUCUCGGAUCUCAUGUUUGAUUUCUGCAUGGUCAGAACCGUCACCUGUAUCAUGAGAAUCGUCUGGGCGUUUGAAAAGGGUCGAGUGGUCAUUCUUAUUGCACUUAUUGUCCAAUUCGGAGGAGCUGUGGUGGUGAUGGUGGUCAACAUCAUCUUUGCUCAAAGAAUCGUUCGGUCAAUCCAUCCUCACUUUGGAUGGCAUCCCGCCUUCCGCGUCUUUAUUCUCUUCUUCCUCUUCUCUGUACCGGCCGUGGUACUCUCAAACAGCACGUCGAUUGGUGUUUCAUUCUUCAAGAUUGAGGACCAAGACCGCGUCCAAACGGCACUCAACGUUCUCAAAGCCGGCAUCUCUUGGAUCAUGCUUCUUGCGAUCCUACCAAUCGUAAUCGUUACCUUGGCCUCCGUCAUCCCGGGACCCAGACCCGAGAGAUUCGGUCAGGGUGAUACGCACCAAAAGAUUGCCGUUCUCUUCAUCGGCGCCAUACUGUUGAUUGGUGGUCAUGCGGUGCGUCUCGCCGCAACGAUCAUGGACGAAGUACCCAACACACCAAAUAAGCUUUUCAGCAGAGAGGUAUUCUACACCACUGGCUUCAUGUUGGAAAUCUUUGUCGUGGUCUUCUACGCCGUGGUCCGCGUCGAUCUCUUGUUCCACGUCCCCAACGGAUCCAAAGCCCCGGGCGACUACUCCAGGAAGCCGAAGCCCGGCGAAGAAGACUACGAGGCUGCCCUCCUCACCAGGGAAGAGAUUGAAGACGAGCUGGCCGGCCUGGGCCACCCAUACGAAAUCGUCGACUCCUCCGGCCUAGGCCGCGAUGGGUCCGGCCGCACCAUUGUCGCCUUCAGCACAAGACGCAUGAAUGGCGAAAAGCCCGUGGUGCUACCACCCCGACCAGAAGCCUACAGCCGUGUCCGAUCGAUUCGCGGGUCUGUCCGGUCCAUGCGUGGCUCCAUGCGGUCAGCCGGCGGUGGCAUCUCGCGGAUGAUGUCAGUGCGCCGGUCGGCCGCCCCGUAUCUCCAAGAGGUGGACGUUGGUCAGCCAGAGUUUCGGGACAAUCCUUUUCAGACGCCGCCGGUCAGUCACUACGGCGUAGCACAGCCACUCUUUAUCCAGUCGCGAUUCAGCCGGUACACGGAUCCCGAGGACGCGAGAACACCCUUGCGGCCAGACAGCGAGGCGACGUCUGGCGAGAUUCCGUUGAGUCUUGAUCGGGAAGUCCUCGGCCCUUAUGAGGGACGGCCUCUUGCUCGAAGGUCGUCCGUACAAAAGUUUACAGCACAGGAGCGAGAGGGAAAUCCCUUGAAAUAG